AUGGCCAUGAUCUCGUCAAAGUCGCCAUUUCCGGCCGCCCUGAGCACGUCGAACCUCCCUCCUGGCUCCAACCUCCCGUCGGCUCUGCCACCCUCGAGAAGACAGCCGGCCAUGUCGAGUAGCGCCCAAAACUAUGCCAGCCCAACCGAGUCCGAGUUCUCUGAGAGCGACGGCCCCGAUUCCGUAAAACACUGGGACGAGGACCGCGUUUGUGAAUAUCUUCGAAGUGUCAAGUGCGGCGACUACGAGAAGAUAUUCCGCAAGAAUCACAUCAAUGGAGAGAACUUGCUGGAAAUGGACAAGGAGGUGUUGAAAGAGAUGGGCAUCGAUAAGGUCGGCGACCGAGUGCGACUUUUCUUGUGUAUCAAGAAGCUACGGACCAAGACGUACGCGAAUCAAAAGAAGCGCAAUAGAGACUCGUUUUCUGGUCUCGAUGUCUACUCUUCACUUCCUCCGUCCAGCAUCGCCGCCCAGACUUCAGCUGUGCCUCGCUCAGCACCUGCCACAUCAGCGAACCGCCGUUAUUCACGCCAGAUUGACGUUCCUGCUCCGUUAGAAACUGCUCGACAAGCUCGGUUCCCUGCUGGUGUAGGAUACGUGAGCAGUGUUGGCCAGAGCCUGCCUUCACGACCCCAAGCGUCUACUUCAGACCUCUCCACUGGCCGUUUGGUACCUACCCAUACCAGGAACAACUCCAGUAUGGAUGGCUCACUGAUGGCUGCGUUGCCCCAGGGCCAAGACGUAAUUCGCGUCAUUUCUACUGGUGGCGUCACAAAGGUCGUAAAGAUUGCUGAUUGCAACACCUGCGAAGACGUCAUGCGCGUAACUCUGCGCAAGUUUGCCCUCAGAGAAGACCACGAGCGAAACUAUUGCUUCUGGGUCUUGACAGGCAUCAACCCUGACCCUAGCCAGUGCAGACGCUUGGGCGAUACUGAGCUCUGGCGCAUCAUCAAAGACCAACGACGACCUGAACGCAACCGGUUGAUUCUGCGGCGAGUUCCUGCCGGAGAACCUGGCGAGUCCGAGUUGCAGCGCGCCGCUGCUAUUGCCAUGGAGGAAGAACAGCAAAAACAUACCAAGGCUAUCGAAUCAGUCGACAAGCGAAGUCAACUCAAGGUUCAGAAAGUACUGGGCGAGAAUUGGGAUGACCAAUUGCAACAACCUCUUUCUCCUGUAUUUUUCCAACACCGAGAACGACCUCUUGCACCCGAAGUAUCGAGAGACAUGGACAGGACUCCCCUAGCUGAUGCCCGAUCUCCCCAACGCCGCAAGGACGGCCUCCGUCAGUUUGGUGGACUCCGACCUCCCAGCGAGCUCAUCGCCUCUGACUUGACCUCUUACUUCCCUGACCACCGCCGAGAGGACAUUGAUCGCACUGCUCGCCUCUCUAUGAGACGGUCAACUCGGCUCAGCAAGGUCAACAGCCGACUCAGCGUGGCAAGUAGCAUCAGCUUGGCAUCCAGUAUCCAGGAUGCCCCUCCCAUUCCGACCAUCGCCGACUCAUGGCUAAGCGGUGCCGCUCAUGUUGCCAAGAUUCGACCACGCGACUCCCAAGGCCGAAUUCCAGCCAUCUACAACCGAGACUCUAUUGCCUCGUCUAUGUUGGAUACCCUCCAAGAAGAAUCUCCCAUAGAGCCAGACCGCAAGUCGUACGUGUCCUUCACGGAAAGCGGGGACGAUAGCACUGCAGUUGAUACGGCUCCUCUCAGCAUCACUGAUCCCGACGGUAAUACUACCAGUACGACAUACUAUGAUGGAGAGGGAUCCACAGGGUCUGGGUCCUUCAAUGAGAUCCGGCAAGCCCUUUCAAACGAUGGGGACGAGCUUGAUGAAGAGCUUGAGAGUUUCCUUUCUGGAGAGUCGUGGGACGACAAUCAAUGGAUGAAGGGUGCUCUCAUUGGAAAGGGUUCGUUUGGCUCCGUUUACCUGGCCCUCCACGCCGUGACCGGAGAACUCCUCGCAGUGAAGCAAGUUCAGAUGCCUGAACCUGGAGCCACUGGACAGAGUGAGACUCGCAAGAGAAGCAUGAUCGAAGCUCUCAACCGCGAAAUGAACUUGCUUCGUGAUCUGCGCCACCCUAACAUUGUGCAGUAUCUCGGCUGCAGCUCGUCGUCUGACUACCUCAACAUUUUCCUCGAAUACGUCCCCGGUGGCUCUGUUCAGACGAUGCUGAACUCUUAUGGAGCCUUGCCUGAGCCCCUGGUUCGAAGUUUUGUUCGUCAAAUCCUGAUGGGCUUGUCAUAUCUACACACCAAAGACAUUAUCCACCGCGACAUCAAGGGCGCCAAUAUCCUCGUGGACAACAAAGGCACCAUCAAGAUUUCCGAUUUCGGCAUUUCCAAGAAGCUGGAGCAGUCCAACAUUCUGGGCAAUGCCAAGAACAACCGACAUCGUCCAUCGCUGCAAGGAUCGGUCUUUUGGAUGGCACCAGAGGUUGUCAAGCAGACACAAUACACUCUCAAGGCUGACAUCUGGUCUCUUGGAUGCCUUGUUGUAGAAAUGAUGACGGGUAAUCACCCUUUCCCUGACUGCAGUCAGCUGCAGGCUAUUUUUAAGAUUGGUGGAGGAACGGCCUCUCCAACGAUCCCCGAGCACGCCAGUGAGGAGGCGCAGGCUUUCCUCCGACAGACUUUCGAGCUCAACCACGACUUGCGACCAAGUGCGGACGAGCUUAUGCUUAGUCCAUUCUUGUCGCACAUGACAUAG